GGAUACCGAGAUCAUCAGCAUAAGUUACGUCUGCUUUUCUCGCAGCUCCGUUCAGUGCCCAUGUAUCCGUCCAAACCAGACGCCUACUACGCCCCGCCGAUGACGGGCGUCCCAGUGACUGCACCUCCAGGGACUUUGCAGGUCCAGUCUCUGGCGAUCGGGCCGUGGUCGACCGGCCUCUGCGACUGCUGCGACGACGUCGGCAACUGCUGCAUCACCUGCUUCUGCCCGUGUAUCACGUUCGGCCAGAUCGCGGAGAUCAUCGACAGAGGAUCCACCUCAUGUGGGGCUAGUGGAGCUCUGUACGCGCUCUUACUGUAUGUGACGGGAUUCCACUCCUUGUACUCCUGCUUCUACCGAUCCAAAUUGAGAGGUCAGUAUGGGCUGAGAGAGGAGCCCUGCGCCGACUGCCUCGUCCACUGUUGCUUCUGCGAGCUGUGCUCUCUCUGCCAGAUGUACCGAGAGCUCAAGCGACGCGGCUUCGAUAUGAACAUAGGUUGGACUGCAAACAUGGAGAGGCAGGGACAAAUUGCAACCUUACCACCGCCGGUACAAGAUAUGAGUCGUUGAUAUAUAUAUGAUGCACUAUAUAUAUAUAUAUAUAUAUUGGCACGAGGAAUAAAACAUAUGGAUUUAGGAUCGUGUGAAAUGUAUUGCGACAGUAUCGUUGCUACUUACCUCUAUGUUGACACAGUCUUCCACUCAAGAAUAAAGCAUAUAGUCAUCGGUCUUCA